ACUACUCUGUGACGGCUUCGUAACACCAGCAAGCACUAGGAACCUGCGCAUCUCCGUCGCCUAGAUCUCAACCAAGGGGCCGUGUUGACGUCGACUGACGGCGGCGCAUCCGUCGACGUCGGCUGUUGAUCCGGCCGUCGACCAUUUUGUCCUCUUGAGGACCCCAAACGGCCAUAGUAUCUGCCACCAUGGCCGACUACGGCUACGAUCCUCGAGGGGCUCCCCAAAGGGGACCGCCCCGGGGCUAUAACGGCGACCAGAAUAAUAACUACCCACCGCGAGAUGCCGCCUUCAACAACAUCUUUGGUUCCGUCCCACCAGGCAGAUCUCAGACCAUGACAUCCUCCUCUAUGCCACCAAACAUGAAUCAGGGCCGAACUCAAACCAUGUCCUCGACAUCCUCCGGCAUGCCGCGGCAGCCACCACCACGCCCUCCUCCUGGUCACUAUCCGGACCGCGGCGAUCCCACGAGGACUCGAACGAUCGAUUCCAACACUAACAUGGGCAACGGCUACUAUCCCCAAUCGCGCUCAGCAUCUGGAGGCCAGCAAAUGCCCGCUCACUACAUGCAGCAGCAACAGCAGCAUCAGCACCACCAUCAGCAGGGGCCGCCGAUGCACCAGCAGCAGCAGAGGCGCCCAUAUCCUGGUCCCGGAGGGCCGGCACCUCCACGCAUGGAACAUCGAGGCCCACCAUCGCAAGCAGCCGGUGCGAGGACUCCAGCCCAGCGGUUCUACCAAGGCGGUCCAGGCCCUGGGCCUGCGAUGAAUAACGAUCCCUAUCGAUCACAGUCUCUCGCUUCCGCCCCCCGACCCCAAAUGUACCCACAGCAGCAGGCUCCGAACAACUAUCAGCAGGCUCCCGCAAACCAGUUCCGACAAGCCCCCUACGCUCAUCAGAAUUCAGCAAGGACGACGGCUCAAGGAAGAGUGGUUCCGGAACGUCAUGAGGAUCGGGCCAUGUCCAUGACCGGGACGUACCCCCCUCAAGACCGAGAUGCUCAUCAGACUAUGAGCGGACGGGUCAUCCCCAACCGAAGGGCGCCAACGGAGUUGCCGACCGCAAAUGGAUACUCGAACUCUAUGGGCGGAAUUCCCAACGUUCCGGGAACCCAGACCCGAACGCCCAGUAUGGCAUCUUCAAAUGGAGGCAGCGAUCACAACCGGACAAUGUCGAUGGCCUCUACGAUAGCGCCAACGAUCGCCGAAUCUGAUGCAGGCACUCUUGUCCACCGUCCUUCUAGAAGCAAGUCGAUCGAGAGCGACCGCCCACCGACCGCAACCAAGAUUCGACCGCCCCUGGUAUACCCUGCUCUGCUCUCACGUGUCGGAGAGUGCUUCCGCCGAAAAAUCAUAGUUGGUGACCGGACCAAGAACGAGCUGACAUACAAGAAUGCGUUCAGUGGUUCUGAGGCGGUAGAUGUCCUUUCCUACAUCAUCCGGACGACCGACCGAAACUUGGCGCUUCUUCUUGGUCGAGCUUUGGAUGCUCAAAAGUACUUCCACGAUGUCACAUACGAACACCGCUUGCGAGACUCGCAGUCAGAAAUGUAUCAGUUUAAGGAGACACUGAUGGAUGAACCGGAGGAGCAGCCCUCAGUCAACGGCGUGUUCGUGUUGCUCUCCGAGUGCUACUCGCCAACUUGCACUAGGGAUCAGCUUUGUUAUUCGAUUGCCUGUCCUCGACGACUGGAGCAGGUUUCUAGGCUCAACCUGAAGAUCAACCCAGGCUUGCGGAAGGAAGAUUCCGCCAACAUCAACGACGAUGAAAUCGACCAGACGGACGAACAGAAGCUCUGGAUCAACUCCGUUCCCAAGGAGAUUGCCGAUAAGGUCGAUGAACGGGAGAAGAAGAGACAAGAGGUCAUCUCCGAGAUCUUCUACACCGAGCGUGAUUUCGUCAAGGAUCUGGAAUAUCUCCGCGAUUUCUGGAUUAUGCCUCUGCGGUCCAAAGCUUCGCCAAUUCCGAUCCAGCGCCGAGACAAGGUCGUCAAGGGCAUUUUCAGCAACAUUAUUGAUCACCCAAGUAUCCAUAGUGUCAGCUCACGGUUUGCCGCGAGCUUGACUGCUCGCCAACAGAAGGAGCCCAUUGUGCACAACGUUGGCGACAUCUUCCUUGAGUACGUUCCGAUGUUUGAGCCCUUCAUCUGGUACGGCUCGCGGCAGUUGGAAGGAAAAUUCGAGUUCGAAAACGAGAGAUCCGUGAACCAGUACUUCGCGAAGUUUGUGGAUGAGAUUGAGCGACGCAAGGAGUCGAGGAAGCUAGAGCUCAACGGUUAUCUCACCAAGCCAACUACCCGUCUGGCUCGAUAUCCCCUGUUGUUGGAAAACGUCUUGAAGUACACUGAGGAUGGCAACCCUGACAAGGAGGAUAUUCCGAAGGUUCUCACCGUGAUUCGUGACCUCCUCGGAAGAGUUAACGCGGAGUCCGGCAAGGCCGAGAAUCGCUUUAACCUAAGGAGGCUUCACGAGCAACUCCGAUUCCGGCCCAAUGAGAGGGUCGAUCUUAAGCUCACGGAGGAGGGCCGUGAACUAGUAUUCAAGAGCGUGUUCAAGAAGUCACCGACAGACCCAGCUGAAAUCACAGCCUUCUUGUUUGACCACGCAGUACUUCUCGUCCGCAUCAAGCAAACCGGCAAAAUCGAGGAAAUCAAGGCGUACAAACGGCCGAUUCCCCUCGAACUCCUUGCUAUCCGAGAAAUGGAAGAGGUCAUUCCUCAGUCGGUGAAGCGCGCAUCGUCGAGUUUGAUUCCAUCGAUUCGCGCCAACGCAGGAGACACGAAGAAGGGCGACGGCUGGCCCAUCACAUUCCGCCACUUGGGUAAGGCGGGAUAUGAGUUGAUGCUUUUCGCAUCGAACCAGGCCGCGCGCAAGAAGUGGCUCGAAUACAUCGACAAUGCCCAACAACGUCUCCGAGCGCGUGCGGACUUCUUCAACACGUCUGUCAUCUGCAGCAACUUCUUCGCCGGCGCUAAUCAAGUCAACUGUGUUACGCCGUUUGAUGGUGGUCGCAAGCUGCUAUAUGGUACAGACAACGGUGUGUACCUGUCUGAUCGUAAGAACAAAGACCAAGUGCCCAGGCGAGUGUUGGAAACCACUUCAGUCACCCAGAUCGAUAUCUUGGAGGAAUACCAGCUUUUGCUCGUACUCUCGAACAAGACGCUGCAGUCCUAUUCAGUCUCAGCGCUCAACCCCGAUGAGCCGGCUCUGUCGAAGAGGCCAAAGAAGAUUCAGAAUCACUGCAGUUUCUUCAAGACAGGCAUCUGUCUUGGCCGUCACCUGGUGUGCUGCGUCAAGUCGUCGGCCCUGUCAACGACGAUCAAGGUGUUUGAGCCCAAUGAUGCAAUGACUAAGGCGAAGAAGCAGAAGGGUCUCGGAAAGUUCAUGUCCAGCGGUCACGACGAGCUCAAGCCGUUCAAGGAGUUCUACAUCCCGACGGAAUCAUACUCGGUCCACUUCCUCAAGUCGAAGCUGUGCGUCGCCUGCGCCAGGGGAUUCGAAGUGGUCGCUCUCGAGACGCUGGAGACGCAAUCACUACUCGACCAAGCCGAUACGUCGCUCGACUUUGUGGCUCGCAAGGAAGGUGUGAGGCCCAUCCACAUCGAACGGCUCAACGGAGAGUUUUUGCUCAACUACUCGGAGUUUUCGUUCUUUGUUAACCGCAAUGGCUGGCGGGCCAGGGCAGAGUGGCGAAUUGACUGGGAGGGUACGCCGCAAAGCUUUGCUCUCAGCUACCCUUGGAUUCUUGCGUUUGAGCCCAACUUCAUCGAGUUGCGGAACAUGGAGAAUGGUGCGGUUCAUAUUGUGCCUCGCAAGAACAUUCGUAUGCUCCACAGCAGUACGCAUGAGAUUCUAUUUGCGCAUGAGGAUGACAAGGGAGACGAUGUGGUUGAGGCCAUCGACUUUUGGAAGUCCAACAGAAAGUCGGAACUGCUCGGCGCACCAGCCGCGCCAGCAGGCCAAGCUCCACGAUAGCGUUAGCCUGCGUGAGGAGCCUAUAAUAGACCAGAGCCUCUUCCAGGAAACACUUUCUUCUUGUAUCACUUGGUGGCACCUGAGUGCCGUUGGCAGCGAAUCAUCAUCAGGAGCGCGGAUUCUCGAGCGAGUAUUUGUUUAUUUGCACCAUUAUUUGUCCAUCCUAGUGCUCAUCUUUGGGGGUGCAUUAGGUUAGACACAGGGGUUUGGCCACCUCGGCCCGCGCACUUGGGAAAUUGGAGAGUGACUUGGUGUGACAUGUUUUGGCUCUUUUUGCUUCCGUCUCGGGGAAGGCUGCGA